CUCGGCAUCACGAUCGAGUUUAUGAACAUUGGCGGCGGCCUCGGGAUCCCGUACUACCCCGACCAGCCGGUCGUCGACGUAGCUGGCAUUGCGCAAAUGCUUCGCCACGUCUUUGACGAGCUCAUGGCGCAGCACGGCGAGACGUCGAUUCCGCAGCUCUGCAUGGAGAACGGGCGGUACAUGACGGGUCCCUUUGGCUGGCUCGUGAGUCGCUGCCAAGCCAUCAAGCAGUCUUAUGCCACGUACUAUGGCCUCGACGCCAACAUGGCGCACCUCAUGCGACCAGGCAUGUACGGCGCGUACCAUCACAUUACGAUUCCGGCGCGGGAUGUACCGGGCGCCGAGAUCGUGACGGCCAACGUCGUCGGCCAGCUCUGCGAAAACAACGACUGGUUUGGAAAGGACCGACCGCUCCCCAAGGCCAGCGUCGGAGAUCUAUUCGUGAUCUAUGACACGGGCGCGCACUCGCACUCGAUGGGGUUCCAGUACAACGGCAAGCUCCGCGCGCCCGAAGUGCUCGUCUCGCCCGAUGGCACCGACCGCCUCAUCCGCAAGCGGGAGACGUACGAUGCGCUGUACGGCAACUGCGUCAUGCCCGACGACCUUUAAUCCGCAGAUCGUUUGCUCUCUACGUUGACAAUACGCUCUGCUUUUUCCUCUUGCAAGGUUGUGAAAGCAAAUAGUGUGCAUUCUCCAUUCCACUCUGUCGUCGCCAAAUCCAGUGUCCAAUACGCG